AUGGCAGAUAACAGGACUUCGAGGCCGAAUGAGCCCGCCGACGACUUGGCCAAGGGCGUCUUCGCCACGGCCAAGCAGUCGUGGAAGGAUCUCUUCGUCUGGAAGCAGCGCGUCGUCAUCACCAACGGCUACGGCGAGACGCGGUGCGAGUGGCAAGAGCCCGACCGCUUCAAGAACCCCAUCAGCCUGUUUGCUCAGCUGUCGCUCAGGGACUGGAUCUUCUUCAUCGUCGGGUGGCUCGCCUGGACGGCCGACGCCUUCGACUUCCACGCGCUCUCGAUCCAGACGGUGAAGCUGUCCAAGUACUACAACACCUCCAAGACGAACAUCACGACGGCCAUCACGCUCACGCUGCUGCUGCGCUCCGUCGGCGCCGCCAUCUUUGGUCUGGCGGGUGACAAAUGGGGUCGCAAGUGGCCCAUGGUCUUCAACAUGCUGGUGUUGGGAGCGCUUCAGAUUGCCACCAUCUACAGCAAGACGUUCCAGGAAUUUCUGGCGGUGCGAAGCUUGUUCGGCCUGUUUAUGGGCGGUGUUUACGGCAAUGCCAUUGCCAUGGCUCUGGAGCAGUGCCCAUCCAACGCGCGUGGCUUGAUGUCGGGCAUCUUGCAGCAAGGCUACUCCAUGGGCUAUGUCUUGGCUGCGUGCGCCAACCUUGGCGUUGGGGGCGCCACCGAUUCGUGGAAGACGGUCUUUUGGAUUGGAGCUGGAUUGUCCAUUGGCGUCGGCCUGCUCCGAAUUCCCUUCCCCGAGUCCCAGCAGUUCCUCGACGCCAAAAAGGCCGGCAAGAAGGCUUCUUCGCCCGGAGCCUUUUGGCGCGAGACUCGCACGAUGCUGGCCAAGGAGUGGAAGAUGUGUGUCUACUGCAUCAUCCUCAUGACGUGGUUCAACUACUACUCGCACACGUCGCAAGACUCGUACACCACCUUCAUGCUCGAGCAGAAGAUGCUGGACAACGCCGGCGCUUCCCGUGCUUCGAUCCUGAUGAAGGCCGGCGCCGUCGUCGGAGGCACCAUCAUCGGAUACGCCAGCCAGUUCGUGGGCCGUCGCCGCACCAUGAUGUUCGCUGCUCUCAUGUCUGCCAUUCUGAUCCCCGCCUGGAUCCUCCCCGAAGGCGAGCGACCUCUCAGCGCCACGGGCUUCUUCAUGCAGUUCUUCGUCCAGGGUGCUUGGGGCGUGAUUCCCAUCCACCUCAACGAGCUGUCGCCCCCUGCCUUCCGUUCGUCCUUCCCUGGUGUCACCUAUCAGCUCGGUAACAUGAUUUCCUCGCCCUCGGCCCAGAUCGUCAACGCCAUCUCCGAGAAGACCUUUGUCACUGUCGCCGGCGGUACAAAGGCCGAGGCCUACGGUCCUACCAUGGGCAUUGCCACGGCCAUCAUCGCUACGGGUAUCUUUGUGACCGUCAUGGUUGGACCUGAGCGACGCGGACGCAACUUUGACGGUGUUGUUGCCGGUGUCGAGCAGAGCGACUCGGAGGGCAAGACUAUCGACGAGCCAAUGGACGAGGAGAAGGGCGAAAGCCGAGUAUCACAAUCGGAGAAGAUUUAA